UAGAACUCAUAUAUAAAGAGUUUUGAAGUCCUAAAAGUUUUUAUUACUUAUUACCAAUUCUGGUUACUAUUUUAUUUAAAAAUUAUUGUUCUUGUUCUUUUGCGAAAUUUGUUAGGCCUUGCCUCAUGGAUGGAAGCCAAAUGGAAUAGAAAUGCUCGUCAUAAAAUGGCUAUUUCUAGGUUUAACUAAUGGCUAACCUAAGGGAGUCAUAAACUGUAAUUAAGUUGCUAUUGGAAAUGGUCUUUCCUCCACUUUUUUCUCCAAAAUGCCUCUACUGAUUUUUGCUUGUCAAUUUAUCAUUACCGACUGACUUUAUCAUGUUUUACCUCUUUUGUUGCUUCAGUUACAAGUACAAGCACUAUUAUUUCCUAUACCACCGUCUAACAGGCACACUAUUAUUCUUAUGCAAACAUCUCAGUACAGAGCAACCCGUACUUUCAUGGACUUUGACUCAAUCAGUCAAGCGAUGGAUGGAAUUUGUGGACUAUAUGAAAGGAAACUCAAGGAGAUAAAUCCAGCCAUCAGAAACCUCUCUUAUGAUAUAUCAGAUCUUUACAAUUUUAUUGACGGUCUUGCAGAUUUGAGUGCAUUAGUUUAUGAUCACUCAAUUCAGGCUUACCUUCCAUAUGACCGGCAGUGGAUCAAACACAAGACGUUACAUCAUUUGAAGAAAUUGGCUCAUUGAUAUAUACAGCGUGCAGCUAUCUCUAAUUGGAUUUUCACAAGAAAGCAGAAGUGCAGAUUCAGACUCUUGGUUGAACAGUAUUUCAAUCUCUAAAUAGUCAUAUCUAAGCUUGUGUCUCGUGUUUUCUUCCCCCAUGGAAAUAUAACACAGUCGAGUGGCAUUUAUCCACUUUUUGUUUACUUCAACUGUUGCUGAAAUUAGUCUACUUCAUGUGUAUGUUUUGUUUUACAGCGUGUAAUAUGCAGAAUUUAUCUAGCAAACUGUAUGGAAAGAUUUGAAUUUUUAUCGACUUUGGCCUCGUAAUGUUGAGAAACAUUGUGUAACGGGAGCCGUUCUUCA